AUGAGCUUCAUGUUGAAUCCAAUAGCUUAGAUCUUAGUUUCAAGAAAGGAUCAGUAGAGAGCAAGGAUCUGCAACACGUGGUAAUGCCCGUGUCUGGUCUGGUGGAUGGUUUGAUAGCUUUUUGGAGCCAGGAUUUUAUGGCGGCUGAGAAGUAUUUUGCUCAAGCUUGUUCCUCGGGACAUGAUGAUGGCUGUCUCCUCCUCUGUCAUGGUGUAACCUGCAUGGAACUUGCAAGGCAGCUUUGCAGUCCUCAUUUCUUGAGGCUGGCUGUGAACAGCCUCCUUAAAGCUCAAGUAAUUUCCGUUGUUCCAAUACCAAUGGUCUCGAUCACACUGGCUCAAGCAGAAGGGAGUCUUGGUUUGAAAGAAAAUUGGGAGUCAGGCCUUCGUUUUGAAUGGUUCUCGUGGCCACCAGGUUCAUCUAUAUAACUGUCGUUUUCCGUCUAUUUUACUUUUUUUUUUUU